AUGCUCCCUAGUGCCUAUACUGUCCUCUUGAAUUUGGCGAAGCCGCUCCUAGCUGGCGGGCUGCUUCGCCUUAGCUUGGUAACCCUUGCUGGUGCCUGGAUCGAGCUCGACUAUAUUGAUGUCUUCCAUCACCUGGCUCAGACAGAAGUCUUAUUUGCCUUACUGCCUCAUAUUGUGCUCUCUGGAGACCAAUCAACCUUCUAUAUAAACCAGAUUGAAGCCCAUCAUCCCCGCCUGUUGUCAAUAAUUCACAAAGCAGAGGUCCCUAUCUUUAACCCGACCCCCCCAUCAGCCAAUAAUUCGGCCAACUCGCUGGUCCCGGACAAAGAAUUCCUUGAGGAUCUAACUUCCAGCUUCCAGAUUUUUGAUAUGAUUUCCUCCAACUUCUUAUGGGCUUUAUCUGAACUCUCAUAUAAGCUUCACCCUAAUACGACCGAGCUUGGGGGGGAUUUUUUGAAUAUAGGUUUUCUCCUGAGUGAGCCAAACAGCCCUAAUCAGUGGACUUAUGAAGAUUUUGUUGAUAUUGGUGGCGACUCCGAUGUUUUCCCCAAGGCCCGCCGCCUUUUUUUGGGUGUGGAAUCCCUAUAUAAAGGUUUAUAUCACAAGAUAUGCCCACCAAUCCACAGCCGACUCGCAUUCGUUCACUACUUGCAAGAGGAACAGUACAAGCAACCUCAUGUGAAUGAUUCAGAUGCGUCUCGCCUCUUAUGCCUCAAGAAGCAGGCUGGGGACGCCCAGCCCAAGGAAACAUGGACCCCGCCUUUUGACUGUCAUAAAAGAGCAUUCAGGUAUAGUGAAGGGAAACAGUAUAAAGCCUUGGUCUUGGAAGGCGAUGGUGAGAAAGAGUAUAACAAGGGGAAGCCCCGACCGACGUCCUGCGGUCCUAGCUUGUGGCCAAGUUCUCGUUUCCUUUCAGCUCAGCGGCAUAAUAUGACAGCCGGGAAUCUCACUGGAGCUGUCCUCGGAGCCACCAUGGAGCCCAUAGACGCCGAGGGAGAGGAUGAAGCUGGGGCUGAUUUGAAACCAUCAGCAGACUGGACCACCACAUAUCCUUUUGAGUACUUCCCGAUGCAAGGUCCUCUCUUCGACUUCAAUAAGUACUAUUUGCCUCAUCUCCGUCACAUUGAGAAACUACCGCCCAUUAUACAGCACCGAAUUCGUCUUCUUGAGCGCCAUGUACCCAGGUUUCAGCACAUCAUUAAUGAUAUUAGGCCAACCAUUCUUGCUAGUGGUGACAAGAGAGACACGGUCUUACUUCAGGAGGUAGAUUGUAUAAUGCUGCAGUUCCACCGCAUUCUCCGUUUCUUGACCGAAAUUGCGAUACCACAACUGGAGAGCAUGAUUACACGGGCAAGAGAUGGGUUGCGGCUCAAAAUGUUUAUCCAGACCAGGCAGAAGGAUCUACUGGAGAGCCUCGGUCCUCUUAUGGAAGCAUCUCCGGAAGCUUGGAUAACGACGCCGUCAGAAUUGGCUCGACGAUACCAGCAGCGGCCCUCGUUGCCGCACGGGGAUAAAAAAAGUCAUCCUGUUUCUUUUUUCCGUCGCCUUUGGGACGCUGCUUUCUAUCCAUGGGGCUUACGCGUCUAUCCCGAUCUAUUUGAUAUCGCAGCUGAUCUCAAAGAACAUUACACCCUAGUUACUUGGUUGGAACUGGAGCUGCGGAAGCUGCUGGUUGUAAAACAAAAGUACAAUGAAGCCGAUUUCGAUGCCCGUCCACAGGACUGGCCCUUUCACUCGCGCUGGACAAUGGAGUCCGAUAAGGGGGAAAUGGACGGCACCGUUGAUGAUAAGGCGAACUCUGGUUAUGACUUCUCUCCUCUAUUCAAGGGCGGCAAAUGCGACUGGAUUAUUACAGGGGAUAACAGACCAGAGUGGCCAAGGCCCGGUCUAGGUGUUUGGAGAUACUUAGAACGUAUCAUUUCUAAGCUGGGAGCCGGAUGGCUGCUGUGA